AUGUUCAAUCUACCGCAAAACGAAGAUCUUUUGAGUUACUUCUAUUUGAAAGUAAGUUAUUUUAGUUUAUGAUUCAUUGUUUUAGGAAGUCGAUGGAUCCAGAACGUCUUCGUUAUCUCAGGAUCGCGUGAGGACGUAUUUUCAGACUAAUGUAUUGGAAUAUAUUGCUACUCAACGUGCGGCUCAGCCGGUUUGGGACAAAAAACAGAAACUGCAUAGUAUGUUUAUUAUCUAUAAGGGCCUUUACUUGGGUCAGACGCAUUUUUAGGUCUUAGAUAAGAGCUUUAAUUUAAUUUUAUGUGUUAUUAGUUUUAAAAUUUGAAGUGGCAUAUAUGAUAACAUAAAUUGCUUUCAGGAGAUGAACCAGGCCACAAGAAAGCAAGGUUGGCUAAUAAGGUGAUAAAGACAAAACAACAUCCAGCAAAGUUACAUCCUGAAAUUUUGUUUAAUGAGUAUGGAGCAAACAAAUGUGGUUGUUCUCGACAUGGACGAGAAUCCGUUAUUCAUUGUGCAUUUCCCAAUGAAAUUCCACCUAUGCGAUGUCAAGUUAACUCAAAGUAAGUUCCUGUUUAUAUUACCUUUGAGAAAAUAUUUCUAUUUAAUGACUAUUUUUGUAUUACAAUAUUAUUGAAGGUCUACGACAGUUUUUAUAUAACGUUAUAUUAUUUUUUAUAUUUUCAGCAACAUUACCAGAUUGUAUCAAUACUUUAUUCAAGUCAGUAGUACAUCACACUAUUUUCGUAAAGUGUCGACGAUUGAAAGCAACGGGUUUACAUAUAAUUUUGAAGGAUUUACGUUACUGUUUCACAGGCCAGUAUCUAACUUCUUUCUGGAAACUGUAUUCACUGAUAUUCUGCCGGGUUUUGAUGUUAGGGUUGUGGAAUUAUCAUUGGCGGAGGUAAGUCUGUAAAAAUUGUGUUUAAUGAUGAUUUGUUAACAUUAUUUAUACUUAAAAAGUAGUUGUUCUUGAGUAUAUGCGUAAAAGAGAUCCGUUUUGGUUUUUAGGGUUACACAGUUCAAGAGCUUGAAAUGUUCCACACAUACUUGUUUGAAGGUCUUCUUGAGCUGUACAGUAUUGACAGAGGUAUAACACCUGAAUCUUGUUCUUCAUAUCACAUUCUACCGAGAUUUGUACAUCAAUCAAGUAAUGCUUUCUAGAUUUUGCUUGACACAAAAAAAUAAUUUUUUGUAUUGUGGUUAUUUAAAUUUUUUCCAUCAUUUUGGGUUUUAGAAGUUGAUGGAGUACAAUUAAGGGCCGUGUUACCAAUGUCAUGUGUUUUACAACACAUUAUUGAAAACUUCAAUCGAGUAAUGACGAAGAAAAGUACGUACGGAAAGUCGCUUAAGGACGAACUUAUUUGUAAUCCAGCUAAAGUAAGAUAUUACUUUUUUAUCUUUAAUAAUAUUUUUCUAAAAGUUAAAAUUUUUCGACUAAAAAAGUAAAUUUUGUAAACCGUAGCAUCAAAUAGUUGCAUGCUUUUUUAAAAUUUAUAAAUUUGUAAAAUUUUUACUUUCAGAGACCCUGCUGUCUUCGAGUAGAUGUCGACAAACGUAAUCAGAACGGCACGAUACGGCAUUUUACCUUGAGAACCUCUAAGCACGCUUCUGUCGCCAAACAAAAUUUAAUAACAGCUCAAAAAAGGUACAAAGCUUUGAAGGAUAAAUUGACUUCACAAAAAGAUCUGGUGUCAGAGAACGAACGUGAAGAGUUCAAAGAAGUCAUGGAGCUUAUCAGGGACUUGAAACAUCAAAGGUUUGUGUUUAUUUUGUUUUAAAGACUGAUAUGGAUACAAGCAGGGGUGUUGCGCUGAAUAGAUUGAAUUUUUUAGGGGGGGGGGGGUUGCCAAAACUGAUUAAAAAAAAUUUUUUUUUGGAGUUUUAAUGUAAGUAAAAAAGUUUUUAAAUUUUUUAUCUUUAGUGCUCAUAAAAGGUCAGUACCGAUUGAUAUGAACAUUGAAAGUUUUGUUCAAACUGGAUUUUGUUUUGAUGUUGUUCAUCAUGCAUUGAUCUCAUUGGCUAUCGUGUUCAAGGUCAGAUAUCACUGGUCGUUGGACGCGUUUGAACAAAGUAUUGACUACAGAUUUAAGGUAAUAUAAGUUUUAAGAGAUUCAUCGGGUUUUGAUUUAUAUGAUAGUUAGGAAACAUUUCUUUGUAUUAACAAAUGUCAAAGCUGUUUAAGUUUACAAUGAAUGAAUACACCAUGAACGUAAUGGGGUGACAUGUUAUAACACCUCUUUAGUAUGAACAAAAUAGUUAUAAAAUCAUUGUUUCAGAAACGAGAGCUACUAGAACAAGCCUUUACUCACCCCACAUAUCAUACCAACUUUUUGGUCGAUAUGGAUCACCUGAAAAACACACUACGCAAUUGUGGCUACAGUCAAAUCCCAGAAGUCAAGUCAACGGCAGUUGGAGAAAAGCGAAAAGGAAUUGAGAACUUAAUCGAAACCAUGGCUUUACCUGGAUCAAAUGAAGAAGAAGAAUCAGCAUUGGGACAUAAUGAACGGCUUGAAUUCCUUGGAGAUGCUGUUGUUGAACUCGUGGUCACUUAUCACCUAUUCUUUUUGUUGCCUCAUGUUGAAGAAGGUGUGUUGGCAGCGAUGAGAUCAAAGUUUGUAAGGAAUUUGCAUCUUGGAGCAGUUGGACAGAGAUUGAACAUGCACAAGUUCUUGUUGAGAGCACACGGUGUGGAGAUAAUGAAGGAGGAUGGCAUGAAGAAGGAUGUUGCUAACGCUUUUGAAGCUCUAAUGGCUGCGGUUUAUCUGGAUUCUGAUGUUGAAACGUGUGAUCGGUGGGUUUGGGGACUUUUUUUGAGUUGACAUGGGUUUUAUGUUAAUAUUGGGGUGAUGUUUUGAUAAUGAAGGGGGUAUUUUAAUUUUUUUAACGUUUUCACACAUGAAAAUUUUAAAUUUUUCGAUUUUUUACCAUAUUGUACUUUAUACCUAAUAUUCUUGCCACUACAACAAUAUUAUAAUCUAUACUGUUGAAUAUUGAUAGUCUAUGAUCACAUAUCUAUAUAUUGUAGUAUUCUAUCGAAUGCCAUUUUCGGCAACUCUCCGGAUAUUUUACAUUCCUGGACCCAUCCGAAAGAGUAUCCGUUGAAAGCCAAUUCGCCUUCGGAUAGACAUUGGAUUCCGAAAGUGAAAUGGCUUCAGAAGUUGACGGAACUCGAGGAUUACAUCGGGAUCUAUUUUCAUCAUAUUCGAGUAUUAGCUAGAGCAUUCGCCCGUCGCAAUGUGGGAUACAACAACUUGACUCAGUAAGUUAAGAUACUGUAUGUAAACUAGGGUCAUUUUGGUACUAAUUUAUGUGUAUAUUCAGUUAUUUUGUAAUAAAUUGUGUGUAAAAUAGAGUUAUUUUGUAUUGUGGUUUACAAUUUUUGUUGUUUCAUAUUAACUUGUCUAUGUUCAGAGGUCACAAUCAAACGUUGGAGUUCCUGGGCGAUACAGUACUUCAAUUCUUCGUAUCCGACUACGUUUACCGUCAUUUCCCUCACCAUCACGAAGGACAUCUGAGUUUGCUUCGAAGUUGUUUAGUCAGCAAUAAAACCCAGUCGGUCAUAUGCGAUGAGCUUGAUCUUACAAGUUACUUGGUCAGCCCUUCACAAACACAAGGUCCACUGGGAAUGAAAGACAAGGCUGAUCUUGUAGAAUGUAAGGUCCUUAAUUUUAUUGACUUUUUUCAGUUUUUAUAGAGCUAUAAUAUGACAUACGAUAGGAAUUUGUGAUAAAAAAUCGAUUUAAAUUAUAAUAUAUUGUGUUACUGUUGAAAUUUUAGGAAUAUAAACUAAAACAUAAUAACUUAAGUUCUUGUAAAAAACAUGAAUCACAAUAUAACCUCUUCAUUUCAGCCUUGAUUGGGGCGAUCUACGUGGACAGAGGCUUUAAAUUUUGUGAAGCGUUCAUCAGAGUAUGCUUCUAUCCAAGACUGUCGUAUUUCAUUUUCUCUGCUCGUUGGAACGACCCUAAAUCCCAACUACAACAAUGUUGUUUAUCACUCAAGAACCAGGGAAUUGAGGCUGACGAAGUGCCAGAAUACAGAGUUACUGGAAUGGAAGGUCCAACGAACUCGCGGGAAUACAAGCUUGUUGUAUAUUAUAAGUAAGUGAAAGGAGAUUUUUUUUGAUAUUUUCGUUAAAUUUGAGGAUAAUUGGACGAUUAAAAUAUGGUUUUAGUUAAUAUAUGACGAUUAAAACAUUUUUUUUGGUCAAUAACUUUGUAAUGCUCUACAUUUUCCCUACAAGGUUUUAAAAUAUUAUUCAUAACAAGUAUAAUAUUUGCCUUUCCAGAGGCAAACGACUUGGCUCCGGCUCCGGAAAGACCGUGCACGAUGCCGAAAUGGACGCGGCCGAAAACGCAUUGGUUCGCAAUUCUUACUUAUUCUCUCAAUUCAACCUCGAGAAGACCUAUAUGGGCGAACGGAUCAAGGCCUACCACAAGUUGGAAAGUCAACCAAUAUCAGACGAUUCAAGCGAUGAAGAAGAAAGAAGGAAAGAUUCUGAUGAACCAACAACUUUCGAGGCUGUAUCUAUUUCAGAUGAGGAUUCUGAUUGA